AUGACAUAUAAUCUACUGCGCAAGGGCGGCAUUCCUGCACUGGCGUGCAACGCUUCUCCAUCCGGAGAUGCCUCAUUCCUGCAAUGCACUUUUCAAGUCAAGUAUGACAACGACCGCCUCUUUGCUACCUUCUCACUCCAACACAACACACACGUAUACGACACCAAGGAUAAACAACCGUUUGAUCUAAUCUAUGAUGCUGAUAACCUCCUCCCUACUACGACUAAAUGCCAAAUUCCAAAGCGUGCUCUCUCACCCGAAGAUGAAACAUAUGUCGCACGAAAUGGCUUUUCUAAGAUUCAUGUUUUGUCACUACAUCUUCAGAAACCGUGCCCAAUCAUCUGCCCUACUGCGUCCAGCAGCAUCGUGCCCAAGGCGAGCUGCCAGAUCCCCUCUCGGUGCCUUGUUGGCUUGGCCAAAUCCAAACAUAUCGAGAUCGUGUUUGACUUGAAAUGGCUGGAUCGUAAACGUAUCGCGUCAUUCUUGAGUAUUGUCAGCCAGCCAGAACGAUUCUACGGGUUUCCUAUUGAUGAGAAGAACCUGAGAGGACGGCGACUGGUCGACUGGACUAUCUUCAGUCCCGACGAGGAGAGCGUGGUGGUAACAGAGGAGCCUCCUCCGUACACAAAGGCGACGUACAAGCGGCCCCGAGGGGUAUCCAGUAGUCCAUCACCGCCAACGAAGCGCCUGUUCAUACCUCCAGGUUCGCCAACAGAGAAGGCUACUACGGCAUCGCUGCCCAACAGCCCGGCGAAUUUGUCCUCUACGAUUGAUGAAUCACCACGUAUGACAUCUUUGUGCGCCGCAUCAGCGCAUUCUCGCUCUUAUGCUGAGAAUUCGUAUCCACUCAACCCUAAAACUGACGUAAAUGACGCAUGUGCGUUAGAGAAUAACGUCCGCAGCAUAAUGCUCAACCUCUUCCCAGCCAUGUUCGCCUCCUUCAUCGACCACUCCCGCUCAGUUUCCCCAUCCUCAUCGUCCUCUAUCGAUCCAAACAGACACCCAAAAGUAGCGCCUCCAAUCAAAUCCAUCCACCAACUCCGCUCGCUCCUUACAAAACGUGCCGUCAAACAUACUGAGAAGAAACUCAGUACCAUUUUCAACGAUAUGCAGUAUGAUGCAAAUUCUCUCCGUCUGGCAGCCGACGAGGAAUUCCUCGAAAUUGUGGCGGAAGAGAAGUUGGAUAUAAAACAACGGAAAGAGGACGCGCUAGAAGAGCUGGGUGACGAGAUCGACAAUGUCGUUCAGGAGAAGUUGGUUGCGUUGUCUGAUGAACUUGAUCGUUUGGUUGAGCAGGCGGGGGAGAUGGUAGAGAACGCGAUUGAUGCAAGGGUAGAGAGGUAUACAAGUAAGACGUGCAAUAGGGCAGUGACGGCCGGUUUCUUGGACCGGGAGGCGGGGACAGGACAUGAAACUACAAGAGCAGGCCAUGCUGCGGGCGAUCGAAAGCGAAAGUUUCAUAAUUUUCGCUCAUGUGGGCGGUGA